UCGUGGUCAUGCGGAAGCUAGUCAGCUGGUUUUUAGUUUACUAGUGAGCUGAGUGUCAGUCAGAACCUUACUAGCCCACAGGAAUGUUUUGUCAUUUUCCCUUUCUUCCGGCUCUCUGACUACCAAACAGCCCAUGCUGGCUGAAGGAAACUGGCUGCGGACUUUCGGCUAGCACCCUGGUUCUGAUCCAACUGACAGCUUGAAACAUCUUGCUAGCCUAGCACCUACUUUAGCAAGAGGACAGGGGAGAAUAAGCUGAGGAUUGCCAUCACCAACCAUGGCAGGUGGUAUUACGGACACUGGAGAACCAUACUCCCCAUUUGUGGGGCUGGUGUACAUGUUUAACCUGAUCGUGGGAACGGGAGCUCUAACGAUGCCCAAAGCUUUCGCCACGGCCGGUUGGGUGGUCAGCUUAUCGCUCCUCACCUUUUUGGGAUUUAUGAGCUACAUGACCACCACCUUUGUGAUCGAGGCGAUGGCAGCGGCCAACGCUCAGCUGCGCUGGAAGAGAAGAGAGCAGGAGGAGACUGAUGACAGCGACUCUACCUCUGAGUAUUCAGACGAUGAUGUUGUGGGUCGUGGACGAUCAGAACCAGAAACAAAGCCCAUCUUGUCUGUUCAGCGGUUGGGUCACGUUGAUCACUUUGACAUCGUGGAGCGCGUUGAGAUGGGCCAAAUGGCCUCCAUGUUCUUCAACAAAGUUGGAGUCAAUAUGUUCUACAUCUGCAUCAUCGUCUAUCUCUAUGGAGACCUGGCCAUCUACGCUGCAGCUGUCCCGAUAUCACUGAUGGAAGUUGCCUGUGGAAACCACUCCUGCAGUGCUGGAGGUGUGAAGUACAACGAUACAGACCCCUGCUGGGGCUCUGUUACGAGGAAGGAUGCAUAUAGGAUUUUCCUAAGUGGCUUCACUCUUCUGUUGGGACCGUUCACCUUCUUUAACGCCCAGAAGACCAAAUAUCUUCAGAUUCUCACAUCAUUCAUGCGGUGGAUCGCGUUCACCAUGAUGAUCAUCUUGGCUCUAAUCCGCAUCGGUAAAGGCACUGGCGAAGGCCACCCCCCCAUCGCCAGCUUCUCCGGGGUCCCCAACCUGUUCGGGGUGUGCGUGUACUCUUUCAUGUGCCAGCACUCCCUGCCCUCGCUGGUGACGCCCAUCUCUGACAAGAAACGCAUGGGCACCCUGGUGUUUGCCGACUACAUCCUGAUCCUGGGCUUCUACUUGCUGCUGUCGUUCACCGCCAUCUUCUGCUUCGACAGCUCGCUGCUGUACGACAUGUACACCCUGAACUUCACUGACAACUGCAACGUGCUGGACAUUCCCGUGCUGCGCUACUUCCUGGGCUUGUUCCCCGUUUUCACCAUCAGCACCAACUUCCCCAUUAUCGCAGUGACGCUUCGCAACAACUGGAAGACGCUGUUCCACCGGGACGGAGGCACCUACCCAUGGGUGGUGGACCGGGUCAUAUUCCCCCUUAUAACCCUGGUGCCCCCAGUCGUGGUGGCUUUCUGUACCCACAACCUGGAGUCCCUGGUGGGCAUUACAGGGUCUUACGCCGGCACAGGGAUCCAGUACAUCGUGCCGGCCUUCCUUGUAUAUUUCGCCAGGCGCCAUCUUGAGCCUGUGAUGGGCAGAGACGUCGUCAACAAGCACCAGUCGCCCUUCCGUCACGCCUUCUGGGUGUGGUUUGUUCUGGUGUGGGCGGCCUCCUGCCUCAUGUUCGUCACGGCCAACAUCAUCCUGACUGACACCAAGACAUGAGGACUCCUUUUAUAAAAGCUCCCGUACACGAGGCCUUACUCCCAGCUGGUUGGACUGUGUGCCUUUUUAAUCAAACUUUUACAUGUAAUUAAGAGUAAUUUAUCACAUUUGUUGAAAGGGACCAAAUGUUUUAUGUUUUACUAUGAAGGCUGUGGCAGUGCAUGACCGUAAUGAAAGGGAAUUUAUCAAAACCUUUGGGCAGCAAACAGCUGGAAGUUAAAACAUUGCUGGAAAGUUGCAAUGAUUUAUACCAUAAUUUAAACCCUGCUACCUCUAACAUGCCUGACCUUGUUUUACGUGCGUAGUAUCAGUGGAUUACAGAUUAGAACAUUUAUUUUCUCAUUUCCAACGUUGAAAAGCUCAUUCCCCAAACUACAGGAUCUGCUGCAUCUUAACAGAAAAAUAUUCUGAAACAACUAUAUAAAAGCAGAGCAGAGGCAUGAAAAACAGCCUGUCACACACAGACUCGUGUUCUGUUGUGAAACUGCUUCACAGCUCGGUAAUGAGAUUGGAGGAGAAGCCGGCAUCGGGAGAAAAAUGAACGCAGAGGAAGAUGAUUCUUUCACAGCUGACGUGGAUCCAUCCCUCAGCGAUGUCCUCGUGAACGGUGAAGCUGACACAGAUCUGCACGGCGUGUCCAUGUCUUCUUCUUCUUCUUUUUCAGCCUGACAGGACAUAUGUGAUCUACAGGCCGCUAGUUUCCAACUUCACAGAUGCAUGGCAACCUCUCCGACCUCAUUACCGCCCUUACAUCUUUAUCUGUAAUCAAUAACAUCAUCUCUUUGUGAUUUUCAUAACCGGUUCAUUAAGUAUCAUGCAGAUACUUGUGGAAGGCAUCUCAGCUAAAGAACAAAACGUCUCCUUGUCUGGCUGCUGUAUGCAGUAAUCUGUCUGGUGUCUGGAUUAAUACACAGCAACACUUUAUGGUGAGAAAAUGCUGCUGAUGAGAUUUUUAGGAUUUUUUCUGAUCAUUUAUGAGCAUUUGGAAGAAAGUUCACUUUAACUUGACUGGGCAGAUGACUCAGAGAGACAGAUAUCUGUAAAUGCUGACAGAGGAAAUAAAAUUUUUUAUUUUUAUUUAAAUGUAUUUCAAUAUUGAAAUACUGAAACACAAUAUUUGAAUGUUGAUAUUUUAAUAUAUAUUGAUAUUUAGAUCCAAGUUAAUAAGCCUCACGCUGUGAUUCCCAGUUAGUCGUUACGGUUUUGUCAUGAAUUCAGUUUCCUAUCAAACUUCACCUUCAACAAUUGUUUAAAUAUGGUUUUAAUUAUAAAUAUUAACUAUUACCAUAAGGCACAAACAUUGUGACUGUAUUUUAGUGUCAGUUAUCUUUCCUUCACACUCAUUGGUUAUUAUUGUUUACAUCUGUAAUCAGGCUGCUUGGUUUUAAAAGUUAGAUGAAUAGGAGAAGGUUUCCAGAGUUGGUUUUGUGUAGAAACUAUUCAGAGGCACAAAAUAUUUUAAUGACAAGUUUAACAUGGCAAUAACAGCAAAGAAAAGCUGCUUCAGUUUGCAGCUGAAAGGCUCAGAUUGAUACAAACAUCUGGGAGAUGUUUGUGUUUAUAGCUCUGUUGGCUUGUACUUCUCAGUAACUGAGUUAGCUGUGCAGGGAGUCUUGAUCUGCUUCCAAAAGAUGUCAUUUUUAACAUGUUAGGACUCACAGGCUCUCACAUAAAGAAGACAUGAGACAUGUUAGGGAUGCUUGGUCAGACAGCAGGUCGAUUCACUUCCAUCUUCUACCCAGAGAUGAUGUGGUGGUGUUUGACAGGCUGAAGUCAUGCUAGUCAAGCUGUACAUUUUAAAUACGUCGAAACACAACUACUGCAGCGUUUUGAAUCUUGUUUACUGCAACUACUUAAAGCUCUGUUUCUGACUGUUUUGGUCUUACGCUGACAUUCAUUAUGUGAUGUGCAGUUGUAGUUGCCCAGCAACGUCCUGAGGCUGAAAAACCAGCCUGGAGCAUCAUGAUACAGUUGAGUUUUGCUUUACAACGCAUCACACGCUAGCAACUGGAUAUCAACACACCAGCCGUUUAGAACGCUCACCGUGGCUGAUUUGGCAAAGAAAUCCUAGAGGACAUUAACGAAGGAAGAGAGAAAAAGAAAGAGAAAAAGGGACAGAGGAAAAGAAAGACAGGAAUCAUAAUGAGACUGACUUUUACUGGCUACGAUGUUUUUAAACCAGACCACAAUCUUUUCAAACCUUAACAGGUGAUUUUGUUGCUGUGAUUUAACCAAGAAGCAUGAAUAUAAUGAUAAGACUGGGACACUUAUUGUUUUUAUGUUAAUAGCUCAUAAAGGUAAAUAGACAAAUCAAUGACAUCAGACUCGCCAGCCAGUAAAAGUCACUCUCAUGUUGACUCUGUUAUCUUUUGCUCUCCUUUCUCUUUUUCUGAUAAUUUCCUUUAACAUUUUUUGCUGAAUUAGCCACAGCUAGCAUGUUGAUAGCCAGUUGCUAGCAUGUGACAUGAUGUAAAGCAAAAGUCAGCUGUACAAUAAUGCAGUUGUUUCAGCCUCCAGGAAUGUACAUAAUAAAUGUCAGUGUGACAUCAAAACAAGUCAGAAACAUACUUUUAAGGUCAGAAAUUUGCAUUUUACUAUUAUAAAAAUAAUUUGUUAGCAUUAUGUUUUUAUGAUCCAACUCUUGCUCCAGUUUUCUCACAGCAGCUGCCUCUGAUUUCAUUCUCAUGGCAAUUUCAGAGUUUGAAUCAUGUUUAGACUUCUUUUACCUUUCCUUUUCUUUAAUGGCUUCAUAAUCUGUCUUCUCACUUCUUAUAAUGAAAAUAUCUCUGCCUAUUAAUGUUUAGCCCACCACUGAUGACGAAGUCCUCUGUGUUUUUGUUAAAACGUGACCGUUUAUGAUCAGAAACCCAGUUCUUUCAGAGAUGUCUGACUUCCUGCUGCUGUUAUGUCACCCAAUGUGAAUAAUAUACAGACGUGGAGGUGGCACUCCGGUGUUUGCUCAAUUAAAAUGCGCGCUAGUUCAGUGGUUUGUGAUUCAGUGUGAACGGCUGCGCGGCCUUUUCAUCAACUGCUGUAAUGCAGUCUAAAUUGAAAGCUAAUGUGCUGUGACUCCAGUGUUUUUAAUGCGCUGCAGCUGGAAGUUUUCUGCCCCGACAAUGCGGCUUGGCUGUGACUCGGAGGACAGGCUGCAGAUGUGGAGGUGAAUCUGAUGGCGGUGACGAUGAAAACAAGGGAUAG